GAUGCAAAUGCAGGAGCCUACAAUUUUCGUGAUUUGGUCUCCAGAUGGUUUACGUUUUGACCAAUCAGCAAUCCGAACUUCAAGCCAAGAUGGUGGUGUUGCCAUUUGCCACGCAAGCAGCGACGCUUUCUCGGGCAGGGCAAGCUCUUUCUGGAUUGAAUGUGGCACCGCCCCGUCUUGCAACGGCGCUGGGCUGGUUAGGUGAGACUCUAUACAGGUGGUGCCGCUGUGUCCGUGUCAUUCAUGGACGCCGACGCGAUACGAGAGCUUGUCAUUCUCUAAUUCUCCUCCUGGGGCACAAGCGAGCAACAACAUGGUCGAGCUGUACACACAGUCGGUCCCCGACACAUCAGGGGGCGCCAAAGUCAAUUGGGCCGACAUCCUCAUCAUCGUCGCAGUGCUCUUCUUCACGAUGGUCGUGGCUGUCAUCGCCUCCAUCCAAGCUGGAGAGAGCCACUUGGCCAAUUACUUCCCCUGUAUCAAACAAGCUAAACGCAAUAAUGCCCAAGCCCUUGAGUCCCCUGGUGACGCUUAUCUGGCCCCGGAGGCCACUCCAGGCAAGAAACUACCUGUCGGUGACGAGCGCGGUUCAACCAUCUCUCAAAAUCGCCCGUCCGCUUCGUUAAUCGCCCGUGAUGGUCCGGAGCACCAAGUUAACGAGGUUUCCAACUUCUUCCUGGCCGACCGCGGCAUGCAAUGGUACUUCGUUGGUGGCGCUUUGUUUGCAAGCAACAUUGGCGCCGAGCACUUCAUCGGUAUGGCCGGAGACGGAGCUCGUCGUGGCAUUGCAGUUGCAAUGUAUGAAUGGUACGCCGCCAUCUUGAUCCUAUGUCUGGGCUGGAUCUUCUCCCCAAUUUACCGUCGCUGCGGUGUAUACACGACACCCGAGUUCCUCGAAUACCGCUUCGGUGCUCCGUGCCGUCACUAUUUGUCACUCAUUACCGUCAUCAUGUACGUGUUGACAAAGAUGAGUGCAAGUAUCUACGGCGGUGCAAUUGUCUUCCAGGCGACACUGGGAUGGAAUCUAUACCUCGGUGCUGGCGUCUGCAUCGCCCUUAGUGCCAUGUACAGUAUUGCUGGUGGUCUACGUGCUGUCAUGUACACGGACCUUUUCCAGAUGUGCGUCUUCACUCUCGGUGGCCUUGUGGUGUUUGUGUACUCGACGAACCAGAUCGGCGGGUUUGAAGGGAUCAAAGAGAAUCUAGCCAACCAGGAUCGCUCUGGAUGGUUCCAUCUCUGGAAGCCUACCGAUGAUCCGGACUACCCGUGGACCGGUAUGAUUUUCGGCCAACCUUUGGGUUCCAUUUGGUACUGGUGCAUGGAUCAGGACCUCGUGCAGCGCGUACUAUCAGCCAAAGAUACAGCCAAUGCCAAGGCUGGAUGCUCCUUUGCUAGUAUGCUUAAGGUGCUGCCUCCGUUCUUAAUUGUCAUUCCGGGAAUCAUUGCCAGUAUCUACUUCGACUUCAGCAAGAUUGACGACGGUACCGAUGCCGCGUACCCGACGCUUCUCACGGAGAUGAUGCCGCAUGGAAUUAUUGGCUUGAUGAUUUCCAGUAUCAUUACCGCUAUGAUGUCGAGUCUCGCGUCCGUGUUUGCCGCUGGAUCCUCGGUCGUCACUAACGAUAUCUACCUCAAGUUCCGUCCGGAUGCUUCGCACAAGCAGCUUGUAUGGGUUGGUCGGAUGAGCAUUCUUGUCUUUGCUGUGCUAAGCUUCUGCUGGAUCCCCAUUAUGCGCAACGGAACGGGUCUUUAUGAGCAGAUUGUGGAGAUUCAGAGCUACUUGACCCCUCCCAUUGGUAUCGUGCUUGUGCUUGGUGUUGCUUGGAAACCAGCGAAUGUGUACGGCGCGUUCUCGGCCAUGAUUGUUGGCGGUCUGCUUGGGUUCUCACGUUUGAUCUUCGUGACGAUUAAGGACGAUAGCAUGGAUGGAGACCUCCCGGGUGUCAUCAACACCUUCUUCUACAUGAACUUCCAGCACUUUGCUCUACUGCUGUGGCUCACAGCUAUGGUCGUUUGUGUCGUAGUGAGUCUGUUGACACAACACAAGAGCCGUCCUUCAGAGGAUGUGCGGAAGUACAUGAUCCACUGGGACAAGGUCCUGAAACUCGAUGCUACGGAGCUUGUUAAGCCCAUGUGGGUCAACGUUCUCGUCGCUGGCAGCGGUAUCGCUGCUCUAGCCGUCACAUUCAGCAUGUGGAUCUACUUCGCCUAAAAUGUGAAGACAACCCAGAGAAGUUGUACGAAUGCGUUGAACGAAUCAUGUAAAAACUCAAAUAUGAAGUUACUUUCCAUGUCAA